AGAGAGAGAGAGAGAGAUAUUGAAUUCAUUCCUUUCUACAUGGAAAUCUAUAGCGCGAUAGAGAAAAAAAGGCAGACAGAGAAAGCAAGAAAGAGAGCAGAUCAAUACAAAAAGUGGAGACAGAUUUAUUUUACGCACGGGAAAAAAAAAAACACCAAACGAGGAGAAGAAAGGAAAGGUGGAAAAAAGGCAUCAGAUUUGUUUUCCACUAAAUGUGGCUUUUUUUUACUCCCGUGAUUCAAAGAGGAUUCCAGUUGAAUUGAGCCGCUCGCGAGGGAUUGAUGGUGUCUUUUUGGGGAAGCAGAGCCGAGGGGAGGAAUCUGAAUGCGCUCGGCUGAACCAUGCCAGCCCUGUGGAUCAUAACUUUGGCCAUCACUUUUAACCAAGUGUGGUGCAUUCGCUUCUCUCAGGAGCCGGCGGACCAGUCGGUGGUCUUGGGAGAACGGGUGGUGUUGUCCUGCGUGGUCUUCAACUACAGCGGCAUCGUCCAGUGGACCAAAGACGGCCUGGCCCUUGGGGUCGGAGAGGGUCUCCGAGCCUGGCCUAGGUACCGUGUUCUGCGGGCUCUGGACAUCGGCCAGUACAACCUGGAGAUCUCCAACGCGGAGCUGUCUGAUGACUCUCUGUACGAGUGUCAGGCCACAGAGGCUGCCCUGCGCUCCAGGAGGGCCAAACUCAAUGUACUCAUCCCCCCUGAGGACCCGGUGGUGGACGGCUCCCCGGAGCUCCUGCUGAUGGCCGGGACUCCAUUCAACCUGACCUGUGUGACCCGCGGGGCCAAGCCUGCAGCACACAUCCAAUGGACCAAGAAUGGAGUCCCUGUGGAGGGGGCCUACCAGUCAACGGAAGUGCUACCAGAUAGGAAGAGGGUGACGACCAGGAGCUACUUGCACAUCAUACCAGUCGACAAAGACAGCAGCUGCAAUUUCACCUGUGUGGCCAGCAACCCGGCGGUGCCCAUGGGCAAACGAGCCACUGUUACCCUCAAUGUGCACCACCCUCCUACAGUGACCCUGUCCAUUGAGCCUCGCUCCGUCCUGGAGGGCGAGAGAGUCACCUUCACCUGCCAGGCCACUGGCAACCCUCCCAUUAUCGGCUACAGGUGGGCCAAAGGGGGCGUGCUCCUGGAGGGGGCCAGGGAAAGUGUGUUCGUCACCACGGCAGAUCACUCCUUCUUCACUGAACCUGUGUCCUGUCAGGUUUUCAACGUCGUGGGAAGCACCAACGUCAGCAUUCUGGUGGACGUGCACUUUGGCCCGAUACUGGUAGUAGAGCCCAGGCCAGUUACUGUGGAUGUGGACUCUGACGUCACUCUGAACUGCAAGUGGUCUGGAAACCCCCCACUCACCCUCACCUGGACCAAGAAGGGCUCCAGCAUGGUGCUCAGCAACAACAACCAGCUGUAUCUGAAGUCGGUGAGCCAGGCCGAUGCAGGCCAAUACGUCUGCAAGGCCAUCGUACCGCGGAUUGGAGUGGGAGAGACUGAGGUUACACUCACUGUCAACGGCCCCCCCAUCAUCUCCAGUGACCCAGUCCAGUACGCCGUCAGGGGGCAGAGAGGAGAGAUCAAGUGUUACAUCGCGAGCACCCCCCCACCUGAUAAGAUUGUGUGGGCGUGGAAGGAGAACGUGUGGGAGAAGGAGAAGGGCACUCUGAUGGAGAGAUACACUGUGGAGCAGAGUAAGCCUCCAUCUCAGGGCGGGUCCGUCCUCUCCACCCUCACCAUCAACAACGUGAUGGAGUCUGACUUCCACUCGCCCUACAACUGCACCGCCUGGAACUCCUUUGGACCUGGCACCAUGAUCAUCACCCUGGAGGAGACAGAUACUGUUCCAGUGGGAAUUAUCGCCGGUGGUACGGUGGGCUCCUCCAUUCUACUGCUUUUGUUUCUAAUGGCGCUGGCCUUCUUCCUCUACCGCCAACGCAAAGGCAGUCGUCGGGGUGUCACACUCGGUAAGCCAGACAUCAAGGUAGAGACGGUCAACAAGGAGACCCACAGCCUGGAGGAGGAGGCGGCCGACGUCUCCACGGCAACCCGGAUGGUCAAGGCCAUGUACUCCUUUCUGCCCUCUGUUUCCCUCUCUCCCUCCACUCAGCCGUUCAAAGACGACAUGGACCUGAAGCAGGACAUCAGGAGCGAGGGCGACACCAGGGAGGAGUACGAGCUCAAGGAUCCAACCAACGGUUACUACAACGUCCGAGCCACCACCCAUGACGAGGCGCGCCCCCAGUCCCGUGCCAUCCACUACCAGGGCGAGUUCCGCUCCCCGAAUCCAAACAGCGGACCAGCCGGGGCAUCUUCCAGCGGCGCCCCAGCUGGUGCCAGCGGUGCCGUUCCACCCAGUGCAGUACCAGGCUCAAGGGCAGGCUGCUACGACCCGCGCCCACCUUCCAGGAUGUCCCAUGCCACCUACGCCCAAUUCAAUACCUUCACCAGGGUGGCACAGAGCCAGCAAGCACCUCCCAAUCCAGCUCUUCAAUCGCCUGGAGAUUACCCCGGAGACUGCGGUCUGCUGGACAGCACCACCCAACUGACCUAUGACAACUACGGAUACCCCUCCCAGUAUCCCAGCUACCGCAUGGGCUUUGCUCCACCCAUAGAGGAAGGGCCGUCCUAUGAGAUGUAUCCAACAGGACAAGGACCAGGGCCAGGGCCAGGGCCUGGGCCGGGGUCUGGGCCUGGGCCUGGGCCUGGGCCUGGGCAUGGGCCUGGGCCUGGGCCUGGACCUGGGCCAGGGCCGGUGCUGGGGCAAGGGCAACAAAGUCCAGAAACAGGACUGGGGCAGUAUGGAACCUCCACCCGCUUCUCGUAUUCAUCUCCCCCCUCUGACUAUUCCCAAAGACACACGCAGCGGAUGCAGACUCAUGUUUGAGAAACACACAUUCACAUGCUUUGACUUGCUUUUUGCAGCAUCAGUACUUAUCACACUUAAAACAAAAACAUAGAUGUAAAAAAACACACAUAAACAUUCAAGAAUCCAUGUUCUGUUUCUGUAGCAUCCAGUGCAUGGCCUUUGGUUCAUUUUCUGAACCAAUGAAACACCAGAGCAACAGCUCACAGCAGUUAGCAGCAUCAUGUAUAUUACAGUUACCAGCAAUACACACGUACAUACAACACACAUUUGCGCAGACCUUCUGUUGCGUGCAGUUUUUAUGCACCAACAAAAGCAACAGCGAGCCACAAUCAAGACAAAAAAGACACACAAAAAAAGAAGAAGAGCACUUUGAAGAUGAGAAGAAGAAAAACACCAGACGCUUAAGGAGGAGUUGCGGAAGGACCUUUUUCUUCCUGCAGUCCUCGCCCUGCUCUAUGAUCAUCUCCCUGCAGCGCAUCUUCCUUCCACCCCAUCUCUGUAAAUAAGUGCAAAUGGAGAUUUGGGUCAUUUUAAAGUUAUUUCCUUGUACAAACCUAUACAGUGUGAUGCAGUACAGUGACCUACAGCAAACCUCCUUGCAGUCCAAUCUCUUUUGGCAUUUUCUGACUCUCACAUAAUGCAAAAAAACACACAAACACACAGAUCUUUAAAGACUUGUUUGUUUCAAUGUAUUGCAGCAACGGGGCAGCUUGGACUAUAUAUAUUUGGCACUUUUUUAAUCCCUUUUACUCACUCAACCUUGCCCAGUGGCCAAUUCUUACAAAAUUCUCUACAAGAUCUACCUUGAUUUAAGUGGGACAGUUAGUGACCAGAGUGCCAAUGCACACAAAGUAUUACUGUAAGAUGGGUCUUCAUUUGUAUAGAGUGGACAAUAAGAUGGUCUGGAAAAUAAGGUUUUGUACGUGCCACAUCUUAGAGGAAAGGAAAGGAGUGGUAGCAAGUGUCUCUAUAUGCUCAUUCUUGCUCAUUCUAUGCUCAUAUGUCAUUUUUAAUCAUCAUGAUGCAUUUCUAUUCUUAACAUUUCGCUCGAGGUCAAUGCUGUGUAUAGUAUUUGUGAAACGAGGUGUGGCAGGAGCGCUUUUUUCAUUCAAUGAAUUUCAGCAAUUUGUACAAAAAGAUACCUCCCCUACCCUCAAGUGUCAAAAAGUAAUUGUUUCUGUCACUUGCACAGUAGACUAGUUUUUCCUUUCCAUAUUUAUACCGAAACAUAAAAAAAAUGGCAUUCAGAAACAUUUUAUAAUAUUUUUAUAAGGAGUUGUGGACCAAAGGCUCAGCGUUUUGGGUGAAACUCACUUUUUAAUGUGUAUGUGGCAAAGUUAUUGGAAACGUUUUGGGUUUCUUUAAGAGCGAUGGAUGGGGUUUUUAAAGUGGAUGUUAGAAACUUAAAUUAGAACAUUCAAAGAGCUUCAUACCAAAAUGAUAAAUAUCCAACGAGGGCAAAUCAGUUUGGUGGAUAUCUCUGUUUGGUGUGAAACUCUUUCUUUGACUUCCAGUCUUCUGACUGGACUGCCUUUUUCAAAACAUUGACGACAUUCAGAGUGAUGGAUGGAGAACCAGCAGAUGCUCACUUUGAGCUGUGCUGUGAACUCUGUAAGCAAAGGUUCAAGUGUAGUCAAACAUAUCAAAAUGAAGGUACAGAUGGUUCUAUCUAGCUCAUAUGGUACUUUGUACAUGUCCAUGUAAGUACUGGUUUGUUCACUACAACAGACAAUUUGGUGGUAUAUUUUAGUUUAUGAGAUUUUUCCAUUAUAUUGUGUCAGCUUUGGUACGUGUGAUUGGCCUUUAAUGAUCAGCGUUCAUAAUCUCGCUACUAACCUCAAAACUCUACUGAUGCAGCUACUGUACUAGUCCCCUGUUAAAUAGAUCUCUAACGUCCCACUGCCAUAUUAUUUUUCCCCAUGAGAGAAAAUCAAAUGUGUCUGUCUGGUAAGAUCUUGCAGUGUCUGCAACAGUAGUUUUGUUUACUUACCCAACACCAACUAAGUCCGAAUUCCCACUAUGAUCAUCUUACAAAAGCUUUGUGGGUUGUACCUGUUUUCUCAGUGCAGCUGCAAAGUUGGAACAUCAAAAAAUGUUUUGCUUGAUAGUAAUGUCUUGAUGAGUUAUAAGUAAGAAGUUAUCCAAAAAAAAGGAAAAAGAAAGCCUUACAAGAAAAGUUGUUUCAACGGCAACUAUGAAUGCAAUCACUGAGCCAACACCGGUUUUAAGACAUUUAUUUGAACCGAAAGCUUUGAAUGACUGUUGUUGGCUCCAUUUUGUAUUCUCUACAUAGACAAAAAACGUUCAGCUGACAGAAUUACAUCUUUAGGAAAAAAAAGAAAUGUUGGAUUGGCUGUUGAUGAGCAAUGAGCACAGUUUUGGCCGACUUGUGCGAGAUAUUUCCUUGGACCUUCCCCUCUACAGAAAAUAAUUUGACUUCCACCCCUUACUUAUAAUGUUGCUCACAGUGUGAACUGAAAACAAAGAACUGAAAACAGUAGUAGAAUUAAUUCAUGUUUGCGCACUGAGCUUUGCCAGUGAGAUUGGAUUGCACUCUCCAUUGUACCAUUGCACAACGUCACCUGUUACGGUGCCAAUCAGUGUUGACUAGACUCCACAUCUGUGGGAGGAAUAAUUAAGGUUCCAUCUCGAAUGUUCUUCAGUUCGGGACUUUAAAUAACACAUGACUCUUUUAAACUUGUUGUGGCGACCUAGAGGAAUUGCUUUGACUUUGUCUUGAUGUUUGACCUUUGUUUAAGGGCACAUGUGUAUGACUUACUAAGUUAAGAGGGACUGCCUGACGAGUCACGCACUUGUUUCUCUAACGUACAAUUUUAAGCAGUUAAAAAUGAUAGCAGAUGAAACGGUGCUUUACAAAAGACCUGAGGCUGUGAAGGGAAGCCAGAUAUCUCAACACCUCCAGAGGUAAUCAUUGAGUCUUUAUACCUAUCAGCCAUCCUAUCAACCCUUUUCAGAUGCAGUAUAUCAUGGUAAUUUUGUGCCAAGGGGCAGUAAAAAUUGUAUUUAUUGCCUCUAUUUGGAAUAAACACUUUCAGAAAGGAAUCGGCAGCAACGCCAUUUCUAAUUAGAAUAUCAGAUGGAACCCUGUAGCUGGAAGGUCACUAUAUAAACCGUUUCAGUAGUUAAAGAGAGAAGAACGGCAGAUGGAGCACCCUUUUAAAUUUAUAUGGUUAUUGCAGCUUUGGUGCUGCAUACUAUUACCUCUUUACAACCUUUUUACAGAGUUGUAGCUGUGCAGUAUUUUGCAUUGGACUUGAAAUGUCCUUAUGACCUUGUGUAGAAUGAGUACACAUGACACGGAGGAGGUACAUAUACUCUGCCGCGCCAUUGGUCAUUACCUCUUAACUACUUACAGUCUGCUGACAGUGGGGACAUAUACAUAAAAAACACCAUGGAUGCCAAAAAAAAUGCAAAACUGAUGUUUAUAUUUGGUUCAGCGAUGAAAAAAUAUGCAGUUUAGAAUGGAAUCUUAAGUUGUUAUUUCAUGUCUUUUCCCCCUCUUUUCCAUACGUACUGUACCUCUCAGCGCGUUGUGUACUGAUACACUUAACUCCCUCCCAUGUGUCAUAUCAACAGCCACCUACCAGCUUCCAAAUAUAGAACUUGUCUUUACAUGAAGAAAAAAAACAACUAAUCACAACAUAACCAACCUUCUCUCACAGCUUUCUUCCAAAUAUUCUUCAAGUUGAUAACAUAUGAAGUACAGUAGGUAUAGCAAUCUUAGCUUGCAUUAAUGUAUGUAUGUUGGGGGGUUGAGUGUCUGUUUUUAGAGAAUAUAUAGCUUCAUGAGCUCAUGACAUCAUCCUCAUUUAUUUCUCUCUGAAAAUCAGUAUUUUGAAUCUUCUUUUCUUGGUAUUACUUUGUUGUGUUACCUCACCAGUGAAAGAAAUGACUUUGGUCAAAAAUAUGUGUCUAAACUUUUACAUAUAUCGGAAAGGGGGGUUCUGAUUUAUCAACCCAGAAGAGAGAGCUUGUAUGUGUCUGUGGCCAAAAUGACUGCUCAGCCAGGCCACAAAUAGCCAAAACUCUGUCUCAACUAGGCCAACCCAGGCUAGAACCAGGCCAGACCCACAGCUAACUGCUUUGUUCCAUGCUGUGCUGUGCCGCGCCAUCCCUGGCCAAGACUGACUCAAGUUGCUCGGUGUCCAUUUUUACCUUGUGGAGUAUUCAGCGAGUGCCAAAAGACUGUGCAAAAAACUGAACUGAGCAGACAGACAAAUGCAGCAGCCAUUUGUGUUCAUUGUGUGUCUGUGUGUGUGUGUGUGUGUGUGUGUGUGUGUGUGUGUGUGUGUGUGUGUGUGUGAGCACUGUAAGGAUGUGUCCAUCUGUGAACAUGCAUGUGUGUGUACAUGUGUGUUUGCAGCCUGCAACACCUGUUUUGUUUCCAUAACAUAUACACAUGUAUUAGGACCACUGGACUGUAGACGUCAGGGUUUGACUGAAUGUUUUUGCUAAAUAUUGCAUAUUAUCAGCAUAUUUCCUCAGUGCUUUCUGAAAAAAA